GGAAACAAUUGUUUAUAUUUGACGUAAAGUCAUAAGCAAAAUGAUUAAGGAAGACCAGGCCGAUCAACACGAACAAAGGGUUGCAGCUCUGAAGGCAAUACACCUUGUAAGUCAAAUUUUAGACGAAGCCUAUGUCAUCGCUAAUGCGGCAAGAGAAUCAGGAGAACCUUGGCUUUAUAUCUCAAUGUUGAAAAGUUUAAGGAACGAAAGGUCAUACGACGUAGAUGAUGAAGAUACCACAUUUGUGGCUUCGAAAGACAGUGAUCUGAAUGAAAAUAAGAUGGAGAUGGUUGCCAAUGUUAUUGCUACAUCGACACCUCAGAAAAUAGCAGGUGACAGAAGUUAUACAACUGAAUCCAACUUUAUCGGGCAAGGCGAUGAAGAGAUAGACCUGGAACAAGGUCAUCUGGCGAACUCAACAUCAGUGUUUAUCAACAAUCUCUUUGACAUGAGCGAAGUAGAACACGUUAUCUUUUGCGAUGAUAAUAUUGCGAAACAUACCACAGAAUCUAAUGAACUUCUAACUCAAACAAUGACUAAGAUUAUGGAAUCUUACAUUAAUACAGCGCUUGGUAUAGCUUUUGAAGAACAUCCUGUUAAUUAUGGUGUUUCUGAAAUACCUUCGAGGAGUACAGAAUACUCUGAAUACUCGUUCUUGGGUGAUGCAAUUCCUGCUGAUAUUACUAAAAAUAUUGGAUUUUGCAUCCAAGAAAAUACUAAAUGCGUGAAUGAGCAGAGUGGUGAUAUUGCAGCUACGUCUACAAUGCAUAAUCCUGAGGUUUCAAUGAACGCUGUAGAAGAAUUUUAUGUUGAUGUCAACAAAGGAGAUGAAGUUGCUCUUUACGAGAAUACUUACUUGACUUUGAAUCUACUCGGGGAACCAAUAACCAUUCCAGCAAUAUCAGGAGUACAAAGUGCUUCUCGUAAAGUUGGUUUGGUUCGUCGAUGUCGUGACCAGGGUGCUAGGAUUUGGUCUCGACUGAGAGGAUGGUGGCGCCGGAAGACACCUGGUAAACAUAUAAAAGGAACCCGAGUUUCUACCUUGGGCCAUGGUAUGUGCCCCCUAUCCCCUGACGCUCGUCGCCGUGCUGCCAGCUUACUAGACCAGCGUCUACUUCGCUCGCCUUCACCUUCACGGCCUACUAUUUGGAAGUUCAAUACCGUCAAUGAAGCCCUCGUCAAUUCAUCACGAUGGAAAGAAUACACUUUUGAUGAAAGAACUGAUGAUUGAAGCUAAUAUUGACGUCACAUUUAACUAUUAGUUUAUUUAAAUAAUAUAUUCUUUUAUGCGUCGUCGGUUAAAUGUGUUGCCAGUGCGUACACAUGUUGUUUAUUUUAACGUCCUUAUUAAAUUACAUUAGUCAUUC